UCUUAAUGUAUUUGUACACAGGAAAAAUCGGGAAAGUGUUUCUGUUUUGCACAGGAAUAAUUUUAUUCUCUUUUGUCUUUGAGAAACAGGAACUCUAGCUAAAACACACAAAGGUCACAUGACUUGACUAAUUUGACCAGUUAUUGACAAACUGGUGAAGUCAAAGUAUUAAUUGAGACAUUCUGUCCACCAUCUCCUACUUUGCAUACCUGGCAUCAGAAAUGAAUCUGAGGUCUUUAACUCUGAAACACACACACGCUUCGCACGCCGCAGAUAAAUCUGGAGUGUUUAAUCUCUGGUAAUUACAAAGAUUUGCUUUGGUUAAUAAAAAUAAUCCGGCUCGAUCAGACCCCCUACCCAGACCUCCCCUGUGCCGUCUUUGCCCCUUUAGUCGGGGAUAAGUUCCCGGUCGUAUAAAUAGACCCUUCAGAACUCGCCGGCAGGAAGAUGUUGGCCGGCUCAGGAGACGACUCUGUCAGCAGGUAGAGCACAAAAACAAUCCGUUCAAGAUUUCAGUUUCAAUUUGUCUGCAUUUAGACCCGCAGGCUGACGUCAUUUCCACAUGUCGUAGUUGUCAGGCGCGUCGAGGUCAGCGGCAGCUCAUCUUUGUCGGUGAUCCUGUCAGCGGUUAGACUUCGCCAAAACAAUCGAGAGGCGCUGGGGCGUUCGCUUUGAGGAGUUCUGUCCAAGGAAACGAAAAUCCAGGAGAUUUUUCUGAGAAAACUUUUUAUUUAUGACCUGAGCCGCUCAUCAGCCUGCAUGUAAACAGAGCGCUGCGAUGAGUCUGAAACAUCUCAGUUCAGAAAUGGCAAUGGAGAGUAGGAACAGCCUCAGCGGAAGCAGAGACCAGCUGGGACUGAGCUUCACUAUCGACUACCUGCUGUUCAACCGAGUCAGAGCCUCCAAAGAGCCGGUGGCGCCGGGCGGCCCGGCAGAGCAGGCACACAGCAGCGCGCUGAGCGUUCAGAACUCCAAACCCAGAGAGGAAGACUCUGAUCCACUCAAAGCCAGUGAAGAGGAAGAGAAUGGAGAUCAGCUGGGGGAGCAGGAAGUGACCCCCGCCACGGCAUCCACCAACACCAGUCCAGAGCAAUCCGCCAACAAACCCAACCAGUCCUACAUCGCGCUGAUCUCCAGGGCAAUCCUGUCGUCCGAGGACAAGAAGCUGCUGCUGUGUGACAUCUACCAGUGGAUCAUGGACCGCUACCCGUACUUUAAGAGCAAGGAUAAGAACUGGAGGAACAGCGUUCGCCACAACCUGUCGCUGAACGAAUGCUUCAUCAAAGCCGGCCGCAGCGACAACGGCAAAGGACACUUCUGGGCCAUCCACCCAGCCAACUACCAGGACUUUUCCAAGGGGGACUACCACUGCCGGCGGGCGCGGAGGAGGGUGCGCAGGGUCCCGGGACAGCUCCGCCUCUCCUCCCCCUUCCACCCCGCCUCCCCCCUGACCCGGCCUCACAGAUCCACCUGCUGGUGUUGUCCUUCGGCCGCCGCGCUCCCUCUGCCCUGCUGGGCUCCCAGACUGUACUGGCCUUGGUCCAGCGUCCAGCCGCCAGCGGGAUUCCAGCUGAACGCUUCCGUACCCUAAAAACCUGAUCAGACUUUGGCCCCAAACCGUGAAUUCAGCUUCCUGAUAGCUCAGUGGUCUCUGUGUGACACGAGUCUGUGAGCUCUAAUGGUCUGUAGGACAUUCGGUGAGUUUUUCAGAGGCUGCUGCACUUUCUUCUUUUGUACUCUUAGAACAUCACAAUUCUGUAAAAUUAUUUCCUAUUAAAAACACACUUUUUCUUC